GGACAGUUAGUCUUGCUGUCAACCGAGAAAACAAUCAACUGGUAGCUAUCAAGGUUAUGCAGCUAAGCAAACAACAGAAACGCGACUUUCUGGUUUCCGAACUGAAGGUGCUAAGAGGACUGCAUCAUAAGAACAUAGUGAAUUACCUGGAUUCCUUCUUACGACCACAAGCGGACGAACUCUGGGUGAUUAUGGAGUACCUGGACGGCGGUGCAUUGACAAAUGUCGUGAUGGAGACAAUAAUGGAUGUACCAACAAUGGCUGCAGUGACAAAAGAAUGCAUUCAGGCUCUGGUCUACCUCCAUGACAAGAAUAUCAUACAUAGAGAUAUCAAAUCAGACAAUGUGCUUCUGGGACGACGUGGACAAGUAAAGUUAACAGACUUUGGAUUUUGCGCACAGCUUGGAAGUCAUCACAGUCAACGCAUGACGAUGGUCGGGACACCGUACUGGAUGGCACCGGAGGUUUUGAAUAAGAAUGUCGCAUACGGACCAAAAGUCGACGUUUGGUCUUUGGGCAUUAUGAUAAUUGAAAUGCUUGAUGGUGAACCACCCUAUAACCACCUCGAUCCAAUCAAGGUAAUUCUGCUCAUUCAGACUAACAACAAGCCAAGUCCGAAAACCACACCCCAAGACAGUUCUCUGAAAAAUUUCCUCGAAAGAUGUCUGGUUUUUGAUGCAGACGAACGAGCCUCCGCCAAAGAGCUUCUCAACCAUGCUUUUCUGCGAAAGGCUGGCCCGCUGACGGCUUUGAUCCCGCUGAUUGAGGCGGCAAACAAUGCAAGAAGGCAUU